UGUAAGAACUAUAUCAUUGUAAAAAGUUACAUUGUUGUUUUUUGUCGAAAUGCCUCAGGAAAACUAAUUCCACCAUUUUUCAUUUUUAAAGGAAAACACAGUUGGUCUGACUGGCUUUUCAAUGCACCAGAAGGAUCAAGAAUGGCAACUUCUUGCAGUGAUAUAACAUUUAUAUGUUUGGUACCCAAUUCCACACACCUUUUACAACCUUUAGAUGUUGGAUAUUUCUCGAGUUUAAAAGCUAAUUGGAGGUCAGUUCUUAAUCAAUGGCGUAAAACAUCCAGAGGAAAAAAGGUUAAUAACCUGCCAAAAAAUUUGUUUACGCAGCUCAUUAAAUCUACUCUUAAUGUUGGUAAAGAAAAUCUAGAACAUAAUCUCCAAGCAGGAUUUAAGGCUACUGGCAUAUAUCCAUUUGUACCAGAACAUGUUCUCUCCAAAUUACCCAGUUUUACUAAUAUAGAUAUUCAACUCAAUAUCGGAGAAUCGUUUAGGAAUUAUGUUGAUGAUAUUCAUCUUAAUUAUGAAGUAAGCAAAAAAAUUAAGUUACCAAUAACAGCAGGGGGAAAAGUGUAUCAGCCACUGAGGUAGAAGCAUACUAUAAGGAAAGAGACAAUAAAAAAAAAAGUCAAGAUAAUAUUCGAGCAAAGAAAAGAGGAAGACCACUUGGAU